AGCUAUCGUAGUUAAGUAUAGAAUUUCAAGUGCUCGUUUCUCCUAACGUCCCAUCAUAUAAAUUAUCAUUCAUCCCAUAGCUGCUGGCGGCUAGACACAAUCGUCGAAGGCCAAUUAAGAAAAGAAAUUUAUUUUUUCUCAUAAUUAAAACCAGCGAACGGGAUCGGAUCUCGUACAAGCCUUCACUCAUUAUUUUAUUGCUUUCUAUUGAAAUCUGAACUCACUCAUUCAUUCGCUUUUUUUUUUUUACUAUUAUUAUUACUAUUCUCGUCUUCUGACUUGACGAGAAACGCUUCGAGACAUCUCUACGCAAUCAAAGAGAAUAUCCAGCGAAAAAACACACACAAGAACCACCCCAACGUCACAAACCCCCCGAUCAGAUCAUCAAACCCAAGCCAUCCAGCCACCAUGGAGCAGCACCAAACACGCAACCCCAAAACAGCCGUGCUCUCCGACCGCCGCGCCGCCAAAAACGCCGCCUUCCGGGAAAAGCUCCGACAAAUGGCACUUCCCCUCGCGCCCCUAGUCCAACUCACCACAGGAGAGAUCCACCCGUGUUUCCCGGGCACGCUGCUGAACUUCUGGCUGUUAACGGACGCGGAGCUAGAGGAGCUAGCGCACUUCUACCACCAGCGAACACCGUGCCGCUGGACCUUCCACUACCCGUGUCCCAUCGCCUGGGGCUCCGAGAUGCCGCUAGAGGAGAAGCGGCGGCGGAUCGGACGCUUCAUCGGGUUACGGGGCUGCGAGACCCCGAUCCGGGUUAAGACGGAGGAGGAGAUCCACGAGGAGGCGCGGCAGGCGAGGCUUGCGGAGGAGGAGGAUGUCUGGCGGAGAAAAAUGUACUGGCAUCGCUGAUGAGUUGGUUAAUCGGGGUUUGGGCGUCUUGAGAUGUUUCACUGCUGGGUUUUUUAAAAGAGACUUAUUUAGUUUCGCCUAGAUGGGGAGAGGGGAAGAAAAGGAG